AGCUAUUGACUCGACAUGUAUGAGUUGUCACAACAUUUCUCCACUUUUCCCGUCCAGCCUCUCAGCCUCUCAGCCUCUCAGCCUCUCAGCCUUCGUAUUCGCCCGUCUAGCGCUGGAAGAAGUUGGACUCCGUUUCUCAGGCUUCUUCAUCCACUCCAUCCCAUCUUCCGGCCGCCCUCUCGACGUCUUCUGACUUGGCCAGAUCCGAAUCGUCUCUCUCGUGGGCUUGACUACCGAUUGGCCCCUCAUCGCUCCUUGCCUCCCUCCCAUCCCGGGUUCGAGCCCGCUCCCGACCAACUACUGGUUAACGCCAGGAUGCCUUUACGAUUGGAUAUCAAACGCCGUUUAACGGCUCGGAGUGAUCGGGUGAAAUGUGUGGAUUUGCAUCCCAGUGAGCCGUGGAUGUUGGCCUCGUUGUACAACGGCAAUGUGCACGUGUGGAACUACGAGAAUCAGACCUUGGUCAAGUCCUUUGAGGUGUGCGAUUUGCCGGUGCGUGCCGUGCGUUUUGUGGCCCGCAAGAACUGGAUCCUGACCGGAUCCGAUGAUAUGAUGAUCCGUGUUUUCAAUUACAACACAUUGGAGCGACUCCAUCAGUUCGAGGCUCAUUCGGAUUAUGUCCGUUGCAUGGCCGUCCAUCCCAGUCAACCUUACUUGUUGACCAGCAGCGAUGACAUGUCAAUCAAGUUGUGGAACUGGGAGAAGAAUUGGGUCUGUCAACAAGUGUUCGAAGGCCACACCCAUUACGUGAUGCAAAUUGUGAUCAACCCCAAGGACAACAACACCUUCGCGUCGGCUUGUCUAGAUCGAACCGUCAAAGUCUGGCAGCUAGGUUCGGCCACGCCUAACUUCACCCUCGAAGGCCAUGAGAAAGGCGUCAACUGUGUAGAUUACUACCACGGCGGGGACAAACCCUACUUGAUGUCGGGCGCGGAUGAUCGUCUCAUCAAAAUCUGGGACUACCAAAACAAAACCUGUGUCAAGACCCUGGAGGGACACGCCCAAAACAUCUCGGCUCUCACCUUUCACCCCGGCUUGCCCAUCAUUCUCACCGGUUCCGAAGAUGGAACGGUGCGGAUUUGGCACGCCAACACGUAUCGCUUGGAGAAUACAUUGAACUACGGCUUAGAGCGUGUUUGGACCAUAUCUGCCUUGAAGGGCUCGAACUCUGUGGCCAUUGGUUACGAUGAAGGCUCCAUUAUGGUCAAGCUGGGACGAGAAGAGCCCGCCAUGUCCAUGGAUGUGGGUGGGAAGAUCGUUUGGGCGAAACAUAGCGAGAUUCAGCAAGCCAACCUCAAGUCCAUGGCCGAUUCCGACUUCAAAGAUGGCGAACGGUUGCCCUUGUCGAUCAAGGAUAUGGGCAGUUGCGAGGUCUAUCCUCAAACCAUCAAGCACAAUCCCAAUGGAAGGUUCAUCGUUGUGUGCGGCGAUGGCGAAUACAUCAUUUACACCGCCAUGGCUUUGAGAAACAAAGCCUUUGGCUCAGGUCACGAGUUUGUGUGGGCCGUGGAUCCAUCUCAGUAUGCCGUUCGAGAAAAUAGCUCCAGUAUCAAAACAUUCAAGAAUUUUAAGGAGCGGAAGACCCUCAAACCAGAUUGCGGAGCCGAGACCGUUUUCGGAGGUCACCUCCUCGGUGUGAAAUCGCCUUCUGGUCUGUCAUUUUUCGAUUGGGAGACUUUGGCCUUAGUCCGCCGCAUCGAGAUCCAACCCAAGAGUGUGUUUUGGUCGGAAAACGGCGAUCUCGUUUGCAUAAGCACAGAAGAGAGCUACUUCAUUCUCUCUUACGAUCAGAGCGCCUACAACGAAGCCGUGGAACAAAACUCCGCCGAAGAAAGCGAGGAUGGCGUAGAGGCCGCUUUCGAGGUCUUGGGUGAGGUGAAUGAAGCAGUUCGGACCGGACAAUGGGUGGGCGAUUGCUUCAUCUAUACCAACUCUUUAAACCGAUUGAACUACUAUGUUGGAGGCGAAAUUGUCACCAUCUCUCAUUUGGAUAGGACCAUGUACAUCUUGGGCUACAUCCCGGCUGACAACAAGCUCUAUUUGAGCGACAAGGAGUUGCAUGUGGUAUCUUUCCAAUUGCUCCUGAACGUGUUGGAGUACCAAACAGCCGUCAUGCGGCGUGACUUUGAAACUGCUGAUAAGGUUUUGCCCGCUGUGCCCAAGGACCAGCGAACCCGUGUGGCUCAUUUCUUGGAGAAGCAAGGCUUUAAAGAGCAAGCCUUGGCCGUGUCCAUGGACCCAGACCAUAAAUUCGAAUUGGCCAUCCAGCUGGGCAAGAUCGAGGCGGCCUACAAGUUGGCUCAGGAGCUUCAAAGCGAACAGAAGUGGAAGGAUUUGGCGGAUGUGGCCACCGAGAAGUGCCAGCUCGAUCUGGCUCAAGAAUGUUUGCACAAGGCUCAGGAUUUCGGUGGAUUGCUACUCUUGGCCACGGCUACUGGCAACGAAAAGGGAUUUUCAAUGCUGGCUGAUUCGGCAGAAACCCAAGGCAAGAACAAUGUGGCUUUCCUGUCAAAGUUCCUGGUGAAUGAUCUCGAAGGGUGCUUGAAUCUUCUCAUCAAUACGAAGAGAUUGCCCGAGGCCACCUUCUUCGCUCGAACCUAUUUGCCCAAUAGGACCUCGGAGACACUCAAAUUGUGGAAGGAGCACAUUGGCACCAUUUCCGAGAAAGCUAGCCAGAGUCUGGCGGAUCCCGUGGAAUAUCCCAACCUCUUUCCCGAUUUCAAACAUGCGAUGACCACUGAAGAAGAAAAGGAAGAAAAGGAUUUGUUGGAGCAAAUAGAUGACGACGAUCAUGAUAAAUACAGGGAAAAGUCGAAACCCAAAGACGAAGAAAAAGAAAAGGAGUCGACUGGCACGAUGUCGCCGUCGGAACAAGCGAUAUUGGAUGAUUUGGAUGAGGAUAUCAACAAAGGCCUGGAGAACCUCGACUUAGAUACCAUUGACACUUCCGGGAUCAACAUCAAUGACGAAGAGGAUCUUUUAAGCGAUUGAUUGGAUUGUUUUUCAUUGCUAUUUAUAUUUUUAUUGCGGUGUUUUCGAAUAUAUUAUGAGCGAAGUUGUCGUGA